AUGAUUGCUGUCGAGUCUCUUGCGGACCUGAACGAUCCGCUCAUUGACAAUUUUGAGAUUGUUCUUAGUCUGACUGAACUGGGCUACCCCGUGAUCGAACAGCUUGGCACUGCUACAUUUGAAAAAUUACAGCUGCUGCUGGAGCGAUCUAAGAGGAUUCUUUGGGUUAAGCAAGCUGUGAAAGCCCUUAUCAAAAUGGCACGAUUGGACUUGGUUCGUCUUGUGUGGAAUGUUGAACCGGAGCUCGCGGCUGAGCAAGGCAAAGUCUUUAUUCCCAGACUCCCCCCCGACAAGAAGCGCAACGACCGUAUCAAUGCUCUGAAGCGCAAGGUGGAAACCCAACCUCUUGUUGGGGCACAGCCUGUCACCCUUGUUCGCUCGCUCCACAAUGCUAAUGAAAUUGUGUAUUGGGCUGAAGAAGGACUUCUCCGCCAUCCAAAUCUUGUUGAGUUUCCUACGGGUUCAGAGUUGAUAUCAUUGAGAGUGGAAUGUUGUUCUGUAGAGCCUACCUUGCCCAACUACCACGAGAAAGAUCUCUUCUGCUGUGUUGGCCGCACGCAAGAGGGAAGGCGACUCAUGGCACUGUCGGACUCCAACUCUUCCAUCAUUACAGUGCCCCGUAUGUUGGCCAUCCAACUUGAUGGCGAAGAUGUUGACGAUGCAAUGGAUCUCUCGGUACUCAUUACCUUGCUGAAUGACGUUAGGGCACGUGUUGUCGAACGGUCGAUGCCCUCUGGAUACACUACGCUGCUCUACGGAUCUGGCGGGCCUCUUAUGGCCGCUCUGAAUAGGCGUAAGUGUAUCGCCAGUAAGAGCUUUGCAUUCAUCGACUACCAAACGGAGUCAUCUUGUGCUAGCCGUUCCAGUAACCACAUCAAGCUUUCCGUCAUCAAGCAUGUUCUUCCCACUAACGCUGCCGUGGUUUCUUUCAGUGAUCUCGAUACUGAUGGCCUUGAUCCACAUGAAGUACUUCUUGAAGCUCUGGCUCAUGUGAAAAGUCUUCCCUCGUCGCCGGUGGGAGAACUGGAAAGUGCUAGCGUUGUCAAGGCCUCUGCUUUGGUCACCGAUGGAAACAAGAACCAUGCGAUCACCUCUGUCGUUGACUGGACAGGUGACCAGGCUAUUAUAAUCGGUCAGCCCAUGUGCCGCUGGAUGGUCGUUAAUGGUGCGCGGCAUAUUGUCGUUACGAGUCGAAACCCUGAUAAAGAAGCUCUUUGGAAUGAUGAGUUACAGAAGCAAGGCGCCAAUAUUGCCAUCAAGGCAGCAGAUGUUACCAACAAGCAACAGCUCGUGGAGCUCCGCGCUCGCAUUCUCGAAAAUAUGCCUCCUAUUUGUGCCGUUGCCAACGAUGCAAUAGUGUUAUCUAAUAGCCUGUUUGCUGACAAGUCUUACGACAGCUUCCAAAAGACUCUGAAGCCCAAGGCUGACAGCUCCAUGAAUCUGGACGAGGUUUUCCUCAAUGACGACCUUGACUUCUUCAUCUUGUUCUCAUCGAUUUCCGCUGUGACUGGCCGACAAAGCCCAACUAUGCUGCUGCAAACAACGCAUGCCCGGAACCUUGCAGCAUCGGUUACUGACAUUGGAAAGGUCAUCGGCAUCGAUGUUAUACAAAAGACGGCAGAUGGUGAAGAGACUAGCGCAAUGGAGACCACUCUGCGAAAGCUGGACUACAUGCCCGCUUCAGAGCGCGAUCUCCACCAUCUUCUAGCUGAGGCGAUCCUUGUCGGUAGUAGCGACGAGUCUCCGGAGAUCGUAACGGGAUUGGAGAUCAACUCCGAAAACAACGCGUUCUGGCAUAAGAACCUGCGAUUCCCACACCUCCUCACACGUGCUGGUUCAUCCCUAAAAGUUAGGGGCUCUGGAAACAAUGUUCAGAAGGCUUGGAAGGAAAAGGUCGCCGAAGCCCGUGGGCGUGAUGAUGCGCUCCAAAUUACGGAAGAGGCCAUUCUGACGUGUCUGGUGUCCUCGCUCAAGGUAGGCAGUGCUUCCGGCGUGGAGAAUGCGCUUGUUGUAGCUGACAGCAAUGGAUAG